AUGGGAUUUUUGAAGAGCGAGGAGGAGCUAGAAGUGAUCGGAGAAGACUCAAAAGAUGUUAUUCUAUAUGUUAAUGGAGUCCGUAAAGUGCUCCCUGAUGGUUUAGCCCACUUAACUCUGCUCGAGUAUCUUAGAGAUGUAGGUUUAACAGGAACGAAGCUAGGCUGUGGUGAAGGAGGUUGUGGGGCAUGCACUGUCAUGGUUUCUUACUUGGAUCAAAAUUCAAAAAAAUGCGUGCACCAUGCAAUCAAUGCUUGCUUGGCUCCAUUGUAUUUUGUUGAAGGAAUGCAUGUAAUCACGGUGGAAGGUCUAGGCAAUCGCAAAUUUGGUUUGCAUCCAAUUCAGGAAUUGUUAGCACGUAAUCACGGCUCACAAUGUGGAUUUUGCACACCUGGAUUCAUCAUGUCCAUGUACGCGCUGUUAAGGUCUAGCAAAACCCCACCUACUGAAGAGCAAAUUGAAGAGAGCAUUGGAGGAAAUUUAUGUCGAUGCACUGGUUAUCGACCUAUUCUCGAUGCAUUUCGUGUCUUUUCCAAGACUAAUGACUUAUUAUACACGAACAAUUCUGUUUCAUCACAAACAGAUGGUGACUUUGUUUGCCCUUCAACUGGUAAACCGUGUUCUUGUGGAUCAAAAACUAUCAAAAAAGGUGAUAUUUGCCACGAUUAUAAACCUGUUUCUUAUAACGAAAUUGAUGGAAGUUCAUACACAAACAAAGAAAUCAUAUUCCCACCUCAACUUUUAAUGAGGAAACCAAGUUGUCUAAGCUUGAAUGGUUUUAAUGGGAUCAAAUGGCAUAGGCCAUUGGAGCUAAAACAUGUUUUAGAGUUAAAAUCAAGAUUCCCUGAUGCAAAAUUAGUUGUGGGAAAUACGGAGGUCGGAAUCGAAACUAGGUUAAAAAAAAUUCAUUACCCGAUUUUCGUAUCCGUGACCCAUGUACCUGAACUUAAUAUUUUGACCAUUAAUGAUGAUGGAAUGGAGAUAGGAGCUGCUGUUAGGCUUUCAGAGCUUCAAAGGUUGUUAAAAAAAGUUGUCAAUGAGCGUUCUUCUCAUGAAACAUCAUCAUGUAAGGCGAUCAUCGAACAAAUAAAAUGGUUUGCUGGAACUCAGAUACGAAAUGUUGCAUCUGUUGGUGGGAAUAUAUGUACUGCAAGUCCGAUUUCAGAUUUAAAUCCUCUUUGGAUGGCUUCAAAAGCAAAGUUUAAAAUCGUUGAUUGUAAUGGAAACUUUAGAACCACUUUAGCUGAAAAUUUCUUUUUGGGGUAUCGAAAAGUGGAUUUGGGGAAAAACGAGAUUCUUUAUUCGGUUUUCCUUCCGUGGACUCGAAAGUUUGAGUAUGUGAAAGAAUUUAAACAGGCACACAGAAGAGAAGACGAUAUUGCCCUUGUAAAUGCUGGAAUGCGUGUUUUUCUUGAAGAAAAAGAUCAGAAAUGGGUUGUUUCUGAUGCUUGUGUUGUUUAUGGCGGUGUUGCUCCUGUUUCUUUAUCAGUUGUAAAAACAAAAGCUUACCUAAUCGGGAAGCCUUGGAAUAAGGAAAUGGUGGAAAAUGCCAUGGAAAUCUUGAAACAGGAUGUUGUGAUUUCAGAAGAUGCGCCAGGUGGCAUGGGAACUUCUGUGGGGUCCCCUGAAGUUCAUAUGUCAGCUAGACUUCAGGUAACGGGAGAGGCGGAGUACACAGAUGACACCCCUAUGCCACCUGGCGGUUUACAUGCUGCUAUGAUAUUAAGCAAGAACCCUCAUGCUCGUUUGCUUUCGAUUGAUGAUUCUGGUGCCAGAUCAUCACCUGGAUUCGCCGGAAUCUUUUUUGCCAAAGAUAUUCCGGGAGAUAAUGCCACCGGGCCUAUUGUUGAAGAUGAAGAAGUCUUUGCUUCUGAUAUUGUCACUUGUGUUGGCCAGGUUAUAGGAGUGGUUGUUGCUGAUACUCAUGAAAAUGCGAAAUUUGCGGCAAGAAAAGUUGUCAUUGAAUAUGAAGUUUUACCACCGAUCUUAUCCAUAAAAGAUGCUGUAAAAUCCAAAAGUUUUUUUCCAAAUUCGAAUAGGAUAUUAUGUAAAGGGGAUGUUGAUCUCUGUUUUGAGUCAAACCAAUGUGAUAAAAUCAUCGAGGGUGAGGUUCAUGUUGGUGGCCAAGAACACUUCUAUUUGGAGCCACAAAGUUCGUUCGUUUGGACCAUGGAUGGUGGCAAUGAGGUUCACAUGAUCUCAUCCACUCAAGUAAGAUCACACUCUUCAGAGUUCUACAAACAAGAUUUUUAUUAA